GAAUGCGACUAAUCAAUUUUUUUUUUUUGGGAAUCUAUAUAUCUCACGCGAGCUUAUCAGAUCUUCCGAUACACAAUACAAUAACUCUAUAUCUCCAGAAAUGUCACAAUGUAUUCGAGGUGCUCGACCUCUGAUUAUUAUUGAUUAAGAAAUUUCAGCUGCAGCCAAAAUAUACGAGAGCCCUAUUGUGUGUCGCAACCCGGAGAGUAUAUAAAGAUCGGCAUCGCGAACCAUUGGACGUCAGUCGAAUUUUGAAAAUCGUUCGUGCACCAUCGAAGAGUCAAAAUGUACAAGUUCAUCCUUCUCCUCGUCGCCCUCUGCGCCGUAUACUCGGCCACAGCAGUUCCCAGAGACGUGGAAAACGUCGUCAGCAGCAGCGACGCCUCCACUCAAACGGAAAGCGAGACCGAGGAGCCUGCCGAUGCGUCGCUGGUGCUCCAACCGGCUCCGCUGAGUCUCGGCCAGAGGAUCGACCGUCUGCGCAAGGGCGCCAAGUAUACCAAGCAGGAGCAGAUGGCCAUGCUGAAGGAGGCCCUCCUGUCGGUGGUCGACGCCAACAAGAAGAAGAUCGCCGCCACCAUGGCCGCGGCCAAGACCGGCGUCGACAUCGUUCUCAUGCUGCCCAAGUUCGGCAAGAACAUCCUCGCCCAGACCCAGAAUCAUACCGCUAGUCUGCUGUAAAAAUUAUCGUGUAUAGUUCUUUCGUCGU